ACUUAAAAAUACUGUUUCUUACUUUCUCACACGUCACAAUCAACCAAACACCUCUCUCUCUCUCUCUCACAUUAUCGGUGUUCUCGACAUGUCAGAGGUUCUACGGUUCCGACCAACUCCCAGACCCCUGAGACUUGGGACCCCACGUGGCACGUCACGUGACUUCCGGCUACUACCUCGUACUUCGAACCUCGUACUUAAUUCUCUGCCCACAAAACAUUUUCCCGAGAAAAUUCAUGUAAUUAGAAGUGAAUCAUCUCCUUCUUCAUCUUCGUCUUCAUCUUCAACUUCAAAGCUAAGCGCUUGGACCCAAGAGGCCUCAUUGCAGGACCUCCAUGACUCGCCCGUGUCCGUUGACCUCCACACCAUUUCCACCGAUAUCCACUUCGAUCGGGUCCUCGCUGAGGCUCAACAGCUCGAGGACUCCCUAAUCAUCGUUUGGAUGGCAAGCUGGUGCAGAAAAUGCAUAUAUUUGAAACCAAAACUGGAAAAGCUGGCUGCAGAUUACUAUCCAAGAUUGAAGUUCUACUGUGUUGAUGUCAAUACUGUUCCACACAAGCUUGUCACUCGUGCUGGAGUAACAGCUUCAAAGGUUUGCCUUACAAGGAGUAUCUACCCAAGCAAUACUUGGUUCAUAUGUCAAUUGAUGAUCCACAUUCUUCAUAUGUUUGCUGUGUUGACUAGUUUUGAUGAGUUUAUGGGGCACUGAGAGAGAAAAGGGAAGCUGGACUUUCUUUUCUCUCUUUUUUUUUGGGAGGGGGGGUUGAAAAAUAUGUCAGGGUUUUGAACUCUGUCAGCCAAAGCAAAAAUGCCAAAAUUUGUAUUAUCUAAUUGGCUCUUCCUCCUUUCUCUUCUUUCCUUUGGGUGUAUUUGUCUGUCUAAAUGGGAGCACUGGUCAAUCUUAUCAAUACCAUUGUUCUGUGUUUGGUCUGUCAUACAUUUGUGCAGACUUUUGACUUAAUUAUUUUAUCUU